UACCAGAAGCAAAGAACUAAACACUUGUCGAAGAAGCAGAGAGGGCAGUGACUUCAUUAGAACAACACAACACCGACAGUAGACACCCACUCCUCUUCAAUCUACUCUUUUCUUUCUCUCUCUCUCUCAAACACCACCAGAGGCAGUUACAAUAACUAAUAAGUCAAGAUGUUGCAGCUACUCUACGCCGCGAUCUUCGGCGAAAUGCUUCUGAUCAUGGUUCUCCUUUUCAAGACCCCACUCAGGAAGCUCCUCAUCCUCACCUUGGAUCGCCUCAAGCGCGGCCGUGGCCCCAUCGUCGUCACCACCGUCGGCGCCACAUUGGUCGUCGUCCUCGCUUCUAGCCUCUACAGUAUGGCCAAGAUCCAACGCCGUACCGCUGAGGCCGGUGUUGUCAAUCCCACCGAACAAGUCCUCAUGUCCAAGCACCUUCUCGAAGCUUCUCUCAUGGGGUUUGUGCUUUUCCUCUCCCUCAUGAUAGAUAGGUUGCACCAUUACAUAAGAGAGCUUCGCAUGCUCCGAAAGACCAUGGAGGCUGUUAAGAAACAAGGCCGAAGUUUCGAGGACGGUAAAAGCACCACCACCUCUGAGGAUCAUAGAGCGCUGACCGAAGAAAUCGCGACAUUGAAGGCCCGAAUCAAGAAUUUGGAAACCGAAAGCGAAGCAAAAGGAAGUAAGGCUAAGUCUUUGGAAUCCGAAGUAGAGGCUCUGAAGAAGCAAUCCGAAGGGUUCCUUAUGGAAUAUGAUCGCCUCUUGGAAGAAAAUCAGAACCUUCGGAGUCAGUUGGAGGCCAUUGAUCAAAGCUCUUUGCAUGCUGAAAAUAAGAAAAAUAUGUGAGAAGGACAAAUUUGUCCCCCUUUUUUUCAGCUGCUCCUGUUUUAACAUUUUAAGCAUCAUAUGUUGUAUUAGAAAAGAUGAGAUCAUUGUAAAUAUCUAAAGAACAGAAAGAAGGUAUGUGGAUUCAGUGUGCUAAACUUCUCUUAAAGGAUAAUGUAUAGGUAUUUUCUGGUCCCCUUUGUUGAUACUUGAUAGUGAUAAUGGUAAUAGUGAGGACUUGAUCACAUACAUUUUUAUAACAUAAUUCUACAUUUUGAUUA